AUGUCCGAGGACUUGGACUCGAUCAGCGAGGAAGAACCAAGCUUGUUCCGACCUUUCACACGCGAGUCACUGGCUGCUAUCGAAGCCCGCAUAGCUGAGGAACAUGCAAAGCAAAAAGAACUCGAGAAAAAACGAGCGGAAGGCGAGAACGAUUUGGGCCGGACGAAAAAGAAAAAAGAAGUGCGUUACGAUGACGAGGAUGAGGAUGAAGGUCCUCAGCCGGACGCAACCCUGGAGCAGGGUCUCCCACUGCCGGUUCGAAUGCAGGGCUCAUUCCCCUUGGAGCUCGCUUCAACUCCCCUCGAGGAUAUCGAUCCUUUUUACCAUAACAUAAAAACUUUCGUAGUUAUAAGCAAAGGCAAAGAUAUCUUCAGGUUUUCGGCGACCGACGCUUUAUGGAUACUGGACCCGUUUAACCCCAUAAGAAGAGUGGCAAUAUACAUACUAGUUCAUCCACUAUUCUCCUUAUUCAUCAUCACAACGAUCUUAGUGAACUGUAUUCUAAUGAUAAUGCCUACCACACCUACCGUCGAAAGUACUGAAGUUAUCUUUACCGGGAUCUACACGUUUGAAUCGGCGGUGAAAGUAAUGGCCAGGGGUUUUAUACUGCAGCCAUUCACAUACCUUAGAGAUGCAUGGAAUUGGCUUGACUUCGUAGUUAUAGCUUUAGCUUAUGUGACGAUGGGCAUAGAUCUCGGCAACUUGGCCGCGCUCAGAACGUUCAGAGUUCUGCGAGCGUUGAAGACUGUGGCCAUCGUACCGGGGUUGAAGACUAUCGUGGGAGCGGUAAUAGAGUCAGUGAAAAAUCUACGAGAUGUGAUAAUUUUGACGAUGUUCUCCUUGUCCGUAUUCGCGUUGAUGGGUCUACAAAUUUACAUGGGAGUAUUAACACAGAAAUGCAUCAAAUCGUUCCCGGAAGAUGGUAGUUGGGGCAACUUGACCGAUGAAAACUGGGAGAGAUUCUGUCAGAAUGAAACGAACUGGUACGAGGAAAAUGGCGAUUAUCCGUUGUGUGGAAAUUCAUCAGGCGCAGGGCAAUGCGAGCCGGGCUACGUAUGUCUGCAAGGAUACGGCCCAAAUCCAAACUAUGGCUACACAAGUUUCGACACAUUCGGUUGGGCUUUCUUAUCCGCUUUCCGGUUAAUGACUCAAGACUAUUGGGAGAAUCUUUAUCAAUUGGUAUUAAGAUCAGCUGGAUCAUGGCACGUUUUGUUCUUCGUUGUAAUCAUCUUCUUAGGCUCAUUUUACCUGGUCAACUUAAUCUUGGCUAUCGUCGCCAUGUCAUACGAUGAGUUGCAGAAGAAAGCGGAGGAAGAAGAACAGGCCGAAGAAGAAGCUCUCAGGGAAGCAGAACAGAAAGCAGCAGCAAGAGCGGAUAAACAAGAAGCAAGAGAAGCGCACGCGAGAGAACAGGCUGCCGCGGCAGAAGCCGCCGCGUACGCUGAGGCACACCCAGCGAAGUCGCCCAGCGACUUCUCCUGCCAAAGCUACGAGCUGUUCGUGAACCAAGAGCGGGGCAACCAGGACGACAAUACGCGGGAGCGCAUGUCCCUUCGUAGCGACCCCUUCCAGGACUCGGUGAGCACUCAGCCCACGCACAAGCCCACCGCCACCGAUCCGCACCACGAACCGGCACGCCGACAGAGGAAGGUCAGCAUGGCUUCAUUAUCACUGCCUGGCUCGCCGUUCAAUUUGCGCCGAGGUUCACGCGGUUCGCACCAGAUGGCAUUGAGGCCAAACGGAAGAUCUCGAUACCCACCUGGCGCUGAUCGAAAGCCUCUUGUACUGUCAACGUAUCUGGAUGCACAGGAACAUCUUCCAUAUGCCGACGACUCAAAUGCUGUUACACCAAUGUCAGAAGAAAAUGGAGCCAUUAUCAUACCGGUUUAUUACGCAAACUUAGGUUCGCGACAUUCAUCAUAUACAUCGCAUCAGUCGAGACUAUCAUAUACUUCCCACGGUGACCUCUUAGGAGGUAAGGCCCAGACAAAAGAAGCCAAGUUAAGAGGUCGCUCCGCCUCAAGAAACCACAGUGUAACUUCGCAGCCACAUGCCUACGCUUUACCAAGACCAGAUUCGUCAAUUGCAUCACGGCCAGUAAGAGAAUAUGAAAUGUGCACAACAGAGAGCACGGACGAAGCUGGAAAAGUUUUGAAACCUUCUAAUGACAAUCCAUUCAUAGAAUCUUCACAGCAGCCGAACGUUGUAGAUAUGAGAGAUGUUAUGGUUUUAAAUGAAAUCAUUGAACAAGCUGGCAGACAAAGUAGGGCGAGCGAGCAGAAUGUGUCAGUAUACUACUUCCCAACAGCAGAAGACGAUGAGGACGGACCCACGCUUAAGGAAAGACUCCUAGAAUAUUUAAUGAAAGGAAUAGACUUCUUCUGUGUGUGGGACUGCUGUUGGUUGUGGCUGGAGUUUCAGAAAUACGUCGCGCUACUUGUGUUCGAUCCUUUCGUCGAACUGUUCAUCACACUGUGUAUCGUCGUCAACACGUUGUUCAUGGCUCUAGACCAUCACAAUAUGGACAAGGAUAUGGAUAAGGCACUAAAGAGUGGCAAUUACUUUUUCACUGCAACAUUCGGAAUAGAAGCAAUGCUAAAACUAAUAGCCAUGAGUCCAAAGUAUUAUUUUCAAGAGGGAUGGAAUAUUUUCGACUUUAUCAUCGUCGCCCUAUCACUACUGGAGUUGGGUUUAGAAGGCGUUCAGGGUUUGUCUGUGUUACGUUCGUUUCGUUUGCUUCGAGUAUUCAAAUUGGCAAAGUCGUGGCCGACACUUAAUUUACUCAUCUCGAUAAUGGGUAGGACGAUGGGUGCCUUGGGCAACCUCACCUUCGUAUUGUGCAUCAUUAUUUUCAUAUUCGCGGUGAUGGGUAUGCAACUGUUCGGGAAAAAUUACGUGGACUAUGUGGACCGUUUUCCGGACGGUGACCUCCCCAGAUGGAAUUUUACGGACUUUAUGCACAGUUUCAUGAUUGUGUUCCGAGUGCUAUGCGGAGAGUGGAUUGAGAGCAUGUGGGACUGUAUGCUGGUAGGCGAUGUGUCGUGCAUUCCCUUCUUUUUGGCGACAGUGGUCAUCGGCAAUCUUGUGGUACUCAAUCUUUUCUUGGCUCUGUUACUCUCAAAUUUCGGUUCGUCAAGUCUGUCCACACCUACAGCUGAUCAGGACACCAAUAAGAUCGCAGAGGCCUUCAACAGAAUAUCUAGGUUUAUUGACUGGGUGAAACGCAAUGUUGCCGACAUACUCAAGUUGUUAAAAGUUAAACUCACCAACCAAAUAGCCAUACACGCUCCCGAACGGGUUGACAACGAAUUAGAACUAGGAGCAGAUAUCGAUGACGGAGUCCUAUACAAGGACAAGAAGUUGAAAGACCAAGUUGAAGUUGCAAUUGGCGAUGGCAUGGAGUUCACCAUACCAGGUGACAACAAAUACAAGAAAGGAAAAAUAUUAAUUAAUAAUAUAAAUGCAAUAACAGAUAAUCAUACUGAUAAUAGAAUCAAUUGUGACUUAAAUCAUCAUGGAUAUCCGAUACAGGAUGAUGAUACGAUCAGUCAAAAAUCGUACGGAAGUCAUAAGAUAAGAUCUUUCAAGGAUGAGAGUCAUAAAGGCUCCGCGGACACGAUAGACGGCGAAGAAAAGAAAGAUGCUAGCAAAGAAGAAUUAGGCUUAGAAGAAGAGAUGAUCGAGGAGGAAGAAGACGGCAAAUUGGAUGUUCUGGGAAAACAUGACAUAAUUAUAGCUGCGGACGAGGAUGUUGUAGACGAUUCGCCAUCUGACUGUUUUCCUGAGCCAUGUUAUGUGCGUUUCCCCUUUUUGGCGGGAGAUGACGAGUCGCCUUUCUGGCAAGGAUGGGCUACACUUAGAUUAAAAACGUUUAGACUGAUUGAAAACACUUAUUUUGAAACGGCAGUUAUUACAAUGAUCUUACUUAGCAGUUUAGCCUUGGCUUUAGAAGAUGUACACUUACCGCAUCGGCCAAUUCUUCAAGACAUUCUCUACUACAUGGACCGCAUUUUCACUGUGAUAUUCUUCAUCGAAAUGUUGAUUAAGUGGUUGGCGCUUGGUUUCCAGAAAUAUUUUACAAAUGCUUGGUGCUGGCUUGAUUUCAUCAUUGUCAUGGUCUCGCUUAUAAACUUCGUAGCGGCGCUUUGUGGCGCCGGUGGCAUUCAGGCGUUCAAAACGAUGCGAACGCUCCGCGCGCUACGCCCGCUCAGGGCCAUGAGCCGUAUGCAGGGCAUGAGGGUGGUAGUGAACGCUCUAGUGCAGGCUAUACCAUCCAUCUUCAACGUGCUACUUGUGUGUCUCAUAUUCUGGCUAAUAUUUGCGAUCAUGGGUGUGCAACUUUUUGCUGGGAAAUAUUUCAAGUGUGUCGAUGUGAAUCAUACGACCAUGAGCCACGAAAUAAUACCGGAUAGAAAUGCGUGCAUUCUAGAAAAUUAUACCUGGGAGAACUCACCGAUGAACUUCGACCACGUGGGCAAGGCAUAUUUAUGCCUGUUCCAAGUUGCCACUUUCAAAGGCUGGAUCCAGAUUAUGAACGACGCCAUUGACUCCCGAGAGGUUGACCGGCAACCGAUCAGAGAGACCAAUAUAUACAUGUACCUGUACUUCGUGUUCUUCAUUAUAUUCGGCUCAUUCUUCACUUUGAACCUAUUCAUCGGUGUGAUCAUCGACAACUUCAACGAACAAAAAAAGAAAGCCGGAGGGAGUCUCGAAAUGUUCAUGACUGAAGACCAGAAAAAGUAUUAUAACGCCAUGAAGAAAAUGGGUUCGAAAAAGCCUUUGAAAGCUAUACCCAGACCAAAGUGGAGGCCACAAGCGAUUGUGUUCGAGAUCGUGACGGACAAGAAAUUCGACAUGAUCAUAAUGUUGUUCAUCGGACUGAACAUGCUGACGAUGACGUUGGACCACUACCAGCAGUCCGAUACGUUCAGCGCAGUACUUGACUACCUCAACAUGAUAUUCAUUGUGAUAUUCAGCUCCGAGUGCCUCUUAAAAAUUUUCGCAUUACGUUACCAUUACUUCGUCGAACCGUGGAACCUCUUCGAUUUUGUUGUAGUUAUGUUCUCUAUACUAAGUUUGGUGUUAAGCGAUAUUAUAGAAAAGUACUUCGUGUCGCCGACUUUGCUGAGAGUCGUCAGGGUUGCGAAAGUUGGGCGAGUACUCCGACUUGUAAAAGGAGCUAAGGGUAUCCGGACGCUGUUGUUCGCCUUGGCCAUGUCACUGCCGGCUCUGUUCAAUAUCUGCCUCUUAUUGUUCCUGGUCAUGUUUAUAUUCGCAAUAUUCGGGAUGUCGUUUUUCAUGCACGUCAAAAACAAAGGUGGUCUAGACGACGUUUAUAACUUUAAAACGUUCGUGCAGAGCAUGAUUUUACUAUUUCAGAUGUCAACAUCAGCCGGCUGGGACGGUGUUUUGGAUGGCAUCAUCAAUGAAGAAGAGUGCGAUUUGCCCGACAACGAACGUGGUUCUCCAGGAAAUUGCGGGUCGGCCACUAUCGGCAUCACUUAUCUGCUAUCUUACCUCGUCAUCUCUUUCCUUAUCGUCAUCAACAUGUACAUCGCCGUUAUCCUCGAAAAUUACUCACAGGCGACGGAGGACGUUCAAGAAGGUCUGACCGACGACGACUACGACAUGUACUACGAGAUAUGGCAACGAUUCGACCCCGACGGCACCCAGUAUAUCCGCUACGACCAACUGUCCGACUUCCUCGACGUCCUCGAACCGCCGCUACAGAUACACAAGCCGAACAAAUACAAAAUAAUAUCCAUGGACAUACCGAUAUGUCGAGGCGACAUGAUGUUCUGCGUGGACAUCCUGGACGCGUUGACGAAGGACUUCUUUGCAAGGAAGGGCAACCCCAUCGAGGAGACGGGCGACCUGGAGGUGGGGCGGCCGGACGAGGCGGGCUACGAGCCGGUGUCGUCGACGCUGUGGCGGCAGCGCGAGGAGUACUGCGCGCGGUUGAUCCAGCACGCGUGGCGGCGGCACCGGCGCGCGCACGACGACUCCUCGGACGCGGAGGCCGGCGCCGGCGGCGGCGCGGGCGCGGGCGGCGAGGGCGCGCCCACCGCGGUGCUGCUGGACGCGGUGACGCCGAACGGGCACCGCGUGGUGCUGCAGGCGGACGGCGCGGCGCCGCGGCCGCCGGAGCCCGCGCCGCCGCCCGCGCCCGUCUGA